AUGAAUCCUUUCACUCCAACUGUGGUGGUCGUCUUAGCGGUCGUUGUUUACUCAACUGCGCUUGGUAUAUACCGGCUGUUGUUAAGUCCUCUCGCACGAUUUCCAGGACCCAAGUUGACCGCUCUCACUGGAUGGUAUGAAACUUAUAAGGAUGUUUUUCAAGGAGGGCAAUUCAUCUUCGAAAUAGAGAAGUGGCAUCAGCAAUAUGGCCCUAUCAUUCGCAUCAAUCCUUGGGAGGUGCACAUUGCGGACGCCGAAUUCUAUCAGACCCUUUAUUCGAACAAAUCACGUUACAGUAAGCCCAAGGCUUGGAAGUAUCGCUUUGGGCUUCCUCUGUCCACAUUUGACGUGAUUGAACAUGACCAUCACCGUCGACGUCGCCAAGCCGUCUCUCCGUUUUUCAGUCGUCAACGAGUAUUCAAAUACCUUCCAUAUGUACAAGAACGCGUGGACCAAAUGUGCAAACGUCUGGAAAUGGAAUAUGCGGGAAAAUAUCUUCCAGUAUCUCUUGAUGAUGCUUAUGCGGCUCUCACAUCCGAUGUUAUCAACUAUUAUAGCUUCGGGGUGUCCUACAAUUUCCUAGAUUAUCCCGACUUUCAGACACCAUUCACCACAUCAAUUCGCAAACUUGCCCGAAGCCUUCAUCUCUCUGGUCACUUCCCAUGGUUCCUGGCCCUCAUGCAAUCAUUACCACCCUCUGUCGUUGCCAUCCUCAACCCAGACAUGAAGCCUGUCUUUGAUUUCCACGGCGAGAUUAGAGUUCAGAUCCAGCGCUUAAUGGCGGAUAAAGACACAAAGACCAAGUCGGACAAUCACCGCACAAUAUUCACUGAACUUCUCCAUUCGAAGUUUCUACAAAAUGAAGAGAAAUCUCUCGACCUCCUUCAGCAAGAAGCAGCUAGUCUUACCGGAGCUGGGAUUGAGACUACCAAAACCGCUCUGGCUAUGGCGACCUUCCAUAUUCUGAACAAUCGAGCGAUUUACCAGCGGCUACGGGCUGAGCUUCGCGAUGCGAUGCCAGACCCUGUAGGCUCCCCGCUAUCUCUCUCGCGACUGGAAAAGUUGCCUUAUCUCCACGCAGUAGUCCAAGAAGCUCUCCGCUUGUCGUUUGGUAUCUCCCAGCGCCUUGUGAGAAUUGAUCCUUACUUCCCAAUAAAGUAUGGAAAGUAUGUUAUCCCUCCAGGCGUCCCAUUCAGCAUGACAUCCUAUUUGCAGCACCGCGACUGCAACAUAUUCCCAGAUCCGGAUGAAUUCCGACCAGGAAGAUGGCUAGGACAAGAUGACGGUGGGGCAGAAAGUGACCAACAUCGAGGACUUUCAAAAAACCUCGUGCCUUUCGGAAGUGGACCCCGCAUGUGUCUUGGGAUGAACCUGGCUAAUGCCGAGAUGUAUUUGGCCUUGGCUCAUGUUUUUCGUCGGCUCGAUUUGGAACUUUUCGAGACUAAAAGGAAUGCGGUUGAUAUGGAUGCCGACUAUUUCAUUCCGGUGGCUAAAGCCGGAACUAAAGGGGUUCGUGUUUUGGUCAAGUGA